AUGGUUAAGGUUGACUCACACCUGACGUGGAAACCCGAAGAUUACGGGGGAAUCUCUAUAAUCCGCGUGAAUGCGGAUGAGGUGUUUAAACCGGAUAUUAUGCUUUACAACUCAGCAGAUGUCCUAUCAAUGAAAGACAACUUAAUUCAGACUCAAUUACUGCUAUACUCGAGCGGACAACUGUUUUGGGUGCCGCCUAUGCUCGUGAAAUCCCUGUGCGAUGUGGAUAUAAGCGACUGGCCAUACGAUGAACAAAAUUGUUUCCUA